AAUUACUAUAUAGCGUAUUCGAGUAAAUACGGUAUUUAAUUAAUAUACCCUCGCCUCUUUUCUUGGCCUCUUUUCGGGACCUUAUAAUAGGCAUACAUGAAGUACUUACCAAAGUAAUUAUGCAGGACAAAAAGAAAAAUGUAUAAAGUGUAAACAUCACAAAACAUCACACGAUACAAGCAAAAUGGAGUCUGAAUCUGGUCGUAAAAUACCAGCGACACAAACACUGUGCUGCUUUCUUUCUUUAGCUUUAAUACGCGGUAGUUUUUCAGUGUUAAUUCACUAUGGAAUCAGUUCGUAUAAAACGCCAGGUUUAUUAUUUUUGCUUCGUACGCCAGGGACUGUGAUUUUAUUUCUUAUUUCCGUGUUAUUCUUGGCUUCAAAAGACGAAGAAAAUAAGCUAGAGAUUUUAAAUAACUUCAAAAGUUCAAGAUCAUACAAAAGAGCUGCAUUAUUGGGAUUUUUACAGCUUUGUGGACCAUACAUGUUAUUCAUGUACGCAAUGAAAUAUUUAAGUCCAACGUUGGGAGCGGUGUUUAUGUGUGCUACGCCUUGGUUAACUGCCUUACUCCAGCAAGUUGUCGCGGUUACUGCUCAGGUAAGAGAAUAACUAACAAAUGUUGAUUGUUGUUCUAAAAAUGUUUGCUAGAACGUCUGAUACAAGGAAGUAAUUACGCGUGUACAUGACUGUUUCCUGUAAUGGUUCAUUGUUUUAUGUUAAUUAGUGCAUAUUUGAAGCUCUUGGCCAAUCAAUUUGCCCGGCGUACUUAAUAAUCGAUGAAAUCGAUAAUCGAUAUCAAUCAAUACCAAUCGAUAUUUAUCAAUCGAUGAAUAAUCGAUGGCUUCUUUUGCUGACUUUAAUCAAUUGAUCAUCGAUUUAUUAUUCACUUUCAUUGAUGAAAAAAUCCGUUAAUAUGCAUGCAAUCAAACAGGUAACACCGUAAUUUAAUUAAUACGUACUUUAAUGUCGUAACAAACUCAAAUGUGAAUGGAAUUCAGUAACAAUGGAUUAAAUUAAGUUUUCAUCUAGCUAUAAUACAGAUCAAAUGCAUGUGUACAUUCGAAAAAUGAGAACAGAUUUACUAUUUAGCUCGAACAUGCCGACACGUGGCGAUUAGUUAGGAUAUAAAUCGAUAAAAAUCUAAAGCAUGUUGUCGAUAAAAAUCGAUAAAUAUUGAUGAAAAUCGAUGAUUGGCUAUAACUUUUGGCUAUAGCUUUUUGUGACUAUCGAUUGGUCAUCGAUUGAUCAAUGUCAAUCGAUAUCAAUUUAGUAAUUAACAUCGAUUACCAUCGAUUGAUCGAUUGGAUUUCCGAUGAUCGGUUUUUAUCGAUUAAGUAUGCCCGGUCAAUUUGGCAACUACAGUGUGUAAUAAUGCUAUAUAGUAAUUAUUACAUGGUUGAUAUUUGCAAGACUCGUAUAUUUCUGUAUAGAGGACAGGUGCAAAUGACUGGAACGCUAUUGGCUCAAUUAUUGGUGUGAUUGGCAUGGUCGCUGUUUCUGUUGCAAAUAUAUGUUUGGUUACUAUGGACAUAAGUUGUCAAGCAACAUACAAAAAUGUAUCAAGGAACAUUAGUAAUGGUUCACAGAAUUACAUCUUGUUAGAGAAAGUUCAGUUGCAUCCCGAUACUUGUUUGACAUCACUGGAAAUUACAACUGCUUUUCUUGCUCUGUGUGGCGCGACAUGUCUCUGGUCAAUAAGCGCAGGUAACCGUCAUCAAAUGCUUGUUUUUUUACCAAAAUACUUAAUAUCAAUGUUCAAAGUUACAUUCUCAUGCAUUGUAUAUAGCCAGACAAUGUUUAUGUAUAUAGUGAUGCAAUGCGUAAAAUUUUUUAAACCAGAUGGCAUGUACCCAGUGAACAAGUAACAGCUUCUGGCAAUAACUGGUGUCCCAAAGAUGAUCGAAUCUGUAGUGAACUUCUAAUGCAACUAAUCAUAGCAGAACUGGUUUACUUUAGCUGAUAAUAUUUUCUAUAUUGUACAGUAUUUUCAAGAUUAAAACGAGUCAGUCUACAUUAUCUGGUUGGUGGUCUGUUAAACAAUGUGUUUGGUGGGCUCUAUGCUGGUAUACUGUGGCUUAUUGUUGAACAACAUAUAAACACAAGCAAAGUAAGUGUGCAUGGUAUCUGUGUAUCAAGUUGUGAUCAAAGGUCUAUACUUAAAAUGUCAGGAAGUAUUUUUAGAAAUAUAUUUCUCUUUUUAAAUUCAGGUGGUUUGGAAUAGUUUCAGUGGUUCAGUGUCAGUUGUAUUUCUAUCACUUGCAUCAAGUUGGGCAGCCUCACUUAUCUUGUACUAUCUCUACAGAAAAAUAGGUAACGCUGUUUCGUGUAAUUACAUUUGCUUAUUUUGUUAUACAUGUAUAGUGUGAGAAUGCCAAGACAAGGUAGUAAUUAUAGUAUCUAAACAAUAUUAAAUGAUUUAAAAUUUACCAGGUGCUGAGUCAACAAACAGAGUGAUGUGUCUAGUUCCUUUCACAACAUGGCUUGAAGACUUGAUAUUUUUACAUCACCUCAGUCACAUGUUCACAUGGAUUGUAGUUUUAGAACUUAUAGGUAAUUUGUACAAAUUUCAAGUUUUAUUUGACACCUAGAGAUCUAAUAUAUACAAUAUACUGUACAUCUUUUGCAGGCCUUGUUUUAGUGGUUACUGGAUUGUAUUUCUCGUCGCUUCGACAAAAACAAAAUACACUACCAGAUCAUCAUGUACAACUUCUACCAGACUAUGUCUCAGAGGUAUUCAACCUGUAUAUUAUAUAUGGUGUUUAUUUAAUUGUCUUGAAAUGGUAGUAAAAACUAUUACCUUUAAAUUAAACAUGUUGUUUUUUUUUUUAACUUUUGUUUCUGAAUUGUUAGGAAGAAGACGAUGGGUUGAAUCCAAGACAAGAACUAACAGACACAGUUCAGUCUGAGGAAGAACUAAUGCAAUCUGGUACUAGUAGUAUGCAAGACUCUGCUGAGCCACCCAUGAUACACUAUGCUGACAAUGAAAAUGAUGAUGAGGGGGAAGUGUGGUGAACAAGCUGUUGUUUUAUAAUGAACUUUGUAAUUAGAUAUAUGUAUAUAUUGUAACUUCAAAGAACUUUUCCUUUGCAUGUUUAAUUUAGACUGGUACCUCACAAAAGUGACAAAACCUGUCUGAAUACACCCUAGAGCUUCAUUAUUAUGUAGAAACCCAAUCACAAGCCAAAGUGACUUACUUUCUGGAAGGGUGUGUAUUGAGAUUAUACCUGUGAUUAUACUGUAGAAAAAUUAAAAACUGUACAAAUAUAAAACAUUUGUUUCUGAUCCAUACUCAUCUCAUUUUCAAAAAUACCACCUCAUUUUAUUAAUUGUAAAAAAUCGUUUUUAAAUAUUUACAACAUUCAUUAUAAAUUAAUUCUCAAUAACCAUUAAAAGUGGUAUGUCCAGCAUAUCAAUUUCUAUGUACAGAUUUUACAAAAAUACCAUUCGUUCUAUUUUUUCAUUAGUAUCAUAAUAACAGGUUUUCAUAAAUUAUUUCAUUGUUCGAAAAACUUAAAUGAAAGCUGAAUGAUUGAAAGUAAUACGAGGAAAACCUCAUUUAAAUCGAUUUAUCAGUCAAUUAAAUGUCACUGAUUCAAAU